AUGGCCGUAAACAAUGAGUCGCUACGACAUCUGCCUACCCCAGAAACACAGGCAAAGAUCACUGAGGCAUUCUGGCAUCAAACCGAUAAUGAAUGCAUCUCUCAGCAAGACGUUUAUUUUCAGAAACAUUAUUUCAUCGAAUGCCAGAAACACUAUGCGAACAGUCGUGUCCAAAGAUGGUCCCACGGUCAGGCCGCCGCAACCACUCAUUCGGACAUUCUGAGCCUCGCUUUUUUCGUCUCCGCCAACAGCAACUUACCCAAGGGGGCUUUGAAAAGGAAGGCCAAACAGACCCUAUUUCCUAAUGCGCAUGAGGAGGCUAUCGAAGAAAGUAUGGAAUUAGUGCUUCGGCUCUGGCUAAUGAUCCACAUUAGGACAAACCGAAAGGUUGUAACGCCCGGCAUGCCUGCGAUUAGUUGGAUAGACAAUAUCCCGAAACUCAUCAUCCGUGGUACGUCAAGGCACGCCGCCAUCAGUCCCAUAUUAACCGACAUCCGUAGGUCUCUGAUUCCGGCAUCUGUUCUUCAGGAGAUAUUGCUUUCACUUGAUUUGCUCUUUCCCCCAAACCAGCAAUCUGUGUUGUCGUUUCUGGCGGACGAACAGAAGGAUAUAAUACUAGAUGGAUCAUACGGACGCAAUCGCCCGCUUCAUCUCGGACAUUUCAAUCACUUGAAAGAUCGGAUACUAGAGAUUGAUGACCUAUUUCACACCCCUGCACCUGGCUGGUCGCAGCUUUUGGCAGACAAACGCAAUCUGCAGCAGUAUUACACAUUCUGGAUCGCCCUUGUUGUCUUCGUCUUGACAGUCGUCUUCGGUUUUAUUUCCUCGGUCACGGGCAUCAUUCAAUGUUACGCGUCCAUGCAGGCAUUGGAACUUGCGCGAAAGCAGUCUCAAUAG